GUCCUUUGCCAGGUUCAGUUGCAGCGGCGUCUUCAAGGCAAGCACACACACGGUCUGAGCCGCUCUUCUUGAUACAUCACAACAUCCGUGGGUUCUUCACAGAGCAACAUUAGUUCUUCAGACACAACGAAAAGAAAGAAAAAGUCCAACCUCUACUGGAGUUUAAACACCAAGGCCUGUAACAUGGAAAAGCACCUCGCCUGGGUCGUCUUCGCCGUUUUCUGGGUUAGCGUGGUCUCGUCGCCGAAUUCACGCCAACUUACUGAGAAAAGCUGCCCCUUGGCGACCGAGGCUUGUACCAUCGCAGGUGGAGAAUGUUACAGCGUUAACGAACCUAUACCCUUAUGUGAUUUCUCCGAGAAUCUUUGCUUUUCUUCCACCUGCACUUGCUGCAUUGAAUGCGAGAAGCAGCAGGACGCUAAAUGCGAGACGUACUACGGAGGCUCCUGCAUGAUGAAGUGUGGUAUCGAGGAGUACACCUUCGACUGCAAGUACGGGUGCAAGUGCUGCGGUUGCAGGACGGAGGGCCAGUGCGCGGAAGUGGGGGGACGGUGCCAGCCGGCCACCCACAAGUGCCUCUCGGGGAUAUCCGCGCCCUCCUUGUGCAAGGGGACUUCGUGCACCUGUUGCAUUCCUCCCGCCGACCCGUGCCCCGACCCACAGGACGAGUGCCACAAACACUGCGGCUACUGCGACCAAGAGUGCCAGCCGGACGAAAUACCGCUGCACGGGCUGUGCCAGAAAGAAAAGUGCCUCUGCUGUGUUAAAGAGCCGUGUCCAGAUCUGAACAUGCAGUGCAACGCCACUGGCGGAUAUUGCAACCGCGAGUGCAAAUCUGACGAAGUGGCUGUGGCGGGGCUCUGCAAAUACGACAACUGCUCCUGCUGUGUCAAAGUCACACCAACACCUUGUUCAGAUGUAAACAUGAUGUGUAAUUCCACCGGUGGAUACUGUCACCAUGAGUGCCACUGUGACGAAAUAGCUCUUGCGGGGCUCUGCACUCAUGACAACUGCUCCUGUUGUGUCCAGAAUCCGUGUCCAGACCUGAACAUGCAGUGCAACGCCACUGGUGGAUACUGCAACGUCAGGUGCAAGUCUGACGAAGUGGCUCUGUCGGGGCUCUGCAAAUACAAUAACUGCUCCUGCUGUGUCAAGGGUCCCUGUUCAGAGGAGAACACGGAGUGCCACUUACAUGGCGGAUACUGUCACCACGAGUGCAAGUCUGACGAAGUGGCUCUGGGGGGUAUCUGCAAGCAUGAGGGCUGCCAUUGCUGUGUUAGGACAGGUCCGUGUUCAGAGGAGAACACGGAGUGCCACUUACAUGGCGGAUACUGUCACCACGAGUGCAAGUCUGACGAAGUGGCUCUGGGGGGUAUCUGCGAGCAUGAGGGCUGCCAUUGCUGUGUUAGGACAGGUCCGUGUUCAGAGGAGAACACGGAGUGCCACUUACAUGGCGGAUACUGUCACCACGAGUGCAAGUCUGACGAAGUGGCUCUGGGGGGUAUCUGCGAGCAUGAGGGCUGCCAUUGCUGUGUUAGGACAGGUCCGUGUUCAGAGGAGAACACGGAGUGCCACUUACAUGGCGGAUACUGUCACCACGAGUGCAAGUCUGACGAAGUGGCUCUGGGGGGUAUCUGCGAGCAUGAGGGCUGCCAUUGCUGUGUUAGGACAGGUCCGUGUUCAGAGGAGAACACGGAGUGCCACUUACAUGGCGGAUACUGUCACCACGAGUGCAAGUCUGACGAAGUGGCUCUGGGGGGUAUCUGCAAGCAUGAGGGCUGCCAUUGCUGUGUUAGGACAGGUCCGUGUUCAGAGGAGAACACGGAGUGCCACUUACAUGGCGGAUACUGUCACCACGAGUGCAAGUCUGACGAAGUGGCUCUGGGGGGUAUCUGCAAGCAUGAGGGCUGCCAUUGCUGUGUUAGGAGUCCGUGUUCAGAGGAGAACACGGAGUGCCACUUACAUGGCGGAUACUGUCACCACGAGUGCAAGUCUGACGAAGUGGCUCUGGGGGGUAUCUGCAAGCAUGAGGGCUGCCAUUGCUGUGUUAGGAGUCCGUGUUCAGAGGAGAACACGGAGUGCCACUUACAUGGCGGAUACUGUCACCACGAGUGCAAGUCUGACGAAGUGGCUCUGGGGGGUAUCUGCGAGCAUGAGGGCUGCCAUUGCUGUGUUAGGACAGGUCCGUGUUCAGAGGAGAACACGGAGUGCCACUUACAUGGCGGAUACUGUCACCACGAGUGCAAGUCUGACGAAGUGGCUCUGUGGGGUAUCUGCAAGCAUGAGGGCUGCCAUUGCUGUGUUAGGAGUAGUCCCGAAGCGUAGAGGAGGAACGAAAUAUCGAGCGAGCGUUGGGCAGUUCCCUGACUGUGGCGAUGUUUGCACAUAGGCGUUUCAAUGAUGCAUGUUGAACAUUGGUUAUUAACAACAUUGGCGUUGCUGUCAUUAAAGAUACACCAAAUUCCAA